AUGGGAAGCGCUUGGCUCUACAUGCUCUGCCUGGUUGGACCCGGCCUCAUCCUGCUGGGCACUGUGGAGCCAGUGCUGGGGCUGGGGCCAGCUGAGAGCCUGCCCGGGCAGCACCAGGAGGAGACGGAGCUGGUCGAGGCGCUGCAGGAGGUGCUGGGGAAGCUGGGGAGCAGGGAGCUGCCGGCACUGGAGAAGAGACUGAGCUGGGUGCCCUCGUGCGAGCCCGGGGAGCCGUGCGCGGUGCGGAAGGGGGCCCGGAUCGGGAAGCUCUGCAGCUGCCCCCGCGGCACCGCCUGCAACCUCUUCAUCCUCAAGUGCUCCUGA